GUUACAGUAUUGUCCUGUUACUCUGUACCCAGUGACAGCAGGAAAAACAGAAGCGGAGAGUGCAGAAUGAAUCCCAACUGUUCUGCAGAACUAAGUGACGGCCACCGCAUUCCUGUGCUCGGCUUUGGAACCUUUGCCCCAGAGGAGGUUCCCAAGAGUCUGGUUAAGGAGGCUACCAAAAUAGCUAUAGGUGCUGGCUUCCGCCAUAUUGAUUCAGCUUAUUUCUACCAAAAUGAGGAGGAGGUGGGGCUAGCUAUUCGAAGCAAGAUUGCUGACGGCACUGUGAAGAGAGAAGAUACAUUCUACACUUCAAAGCUUCCCUCCAUAUGUCACAGACCAGAGCUGGUCCAGCCUUGCUUGGAAGAGUCACUGAAAAAGCUUCAGCUGGAUUAUGUUGACCUCUAUCUCAUUCAUUUCCCAGUAUCAUUGAAGCCAGGCAAUGGUCUUCACCCAACCGAUGAAAACGGGCAAUUAUUAUUGGACACAGUGGAUCUCCGUGACACAUGGGAGGCCAUGGAGAAGUGUAAGGAUGCAGGGUUGGCAAAGUCCAUUGGGGUGUCCAACUUCAACCGCAGGCAACUGGAGAUGAUCCUGAACAAGCCGGGGCUCAAGUAUAAGCCUGUGUGCAACCAGGUAGAAUGUCAUCCUUAUCUCAACCAGAGCAAACUUUUGGAUUACUGCAAGUCAAAAGACAUUGUUCUGGUUGCCUAUGGUGCUCUAGGCACCCAACGGUGUAAGCCAUGGAUAAAUGAGAAUGCCCCCUAUCUCUUGGAAGACCCCGUUCUUUGUGCCAUGGCGGAAAAGCACAAGCAAACUGCAGCCCUAAUUUCCCUCUGGUGUCUGCUGCAGCGUGGGAUUGUGACUCUCGCCAAGAGUUUCAAUGAGAAGCGGAUCAAGGAGAACAUGAAGUACUGCUGCCCACCCCAAUUAUCCAUAUUCGGAUGAGUAUUGACAUGGAAACCUUCGUCAUGACCUCAUCCUGAAGGGAGCAUUGUGGGACACGCUGUAGAUACUGAUGGACGUCACCUCUGGUCAAUGCUGCGAGCCAACCCACACUCAGCCGGAUGGAGAGGGGUGGCCAUGGGGUUUCUGUGAGACUUUGAAGCCAAUAAAGUUUUGGUCUGUGAGGUACAUGUAAA